CAUAAGUGACGUGUCUGCGGUACAAUAAAUAACAAAUUACAUUUUAGCAAGAAAUUCUGUAAAAAAUACAAUUAAAAAACCUCAAAAUGAUUGAAAUCGGUGGCGUCGUCUCCAAAUUCUACAAUGACUAUGUGCAGAACACGCCGAAGAAGCUGAAAAUGGUGGAUAUCUACUUGGGCUACAUUCUGCUGACCGGCAUCAUACAAUUUGUUUACUGCUGCCUUGUGGGCACAUUUCCGUUCAACUCGUUUCUGUCCGGCUUCAUUAGCACCGUAAGCUGCUUCGUUUUGGCCGUUUGUCUGCGUCUCCAGGCAAAUCCACAGAACAAGGCUGUAUUUGCCGGCAUCUCACCGGAACGUGGUUUCGCCGACUUUAUAUUUGCCCAUGUGAUUCUACAUUUGGUCGUCAUGAACUUCAUUGGCUAACUUAUAAGGAACGAUACAUCCCACUUACAUUUAUUUGCAUACGACAAAAUGUAUAAUUUAAAAAUAAACAUACGCAUUAGAUGUUAAUCAUAA